AUGCUCACCAACACUGAAUUUUCAAUACGGUCCGCCUUUAGUAUACUGUACGAGUACUGUUAUCUGAUAAUACCGGUGUCGCUCGCAUGUAUCGCCGUGAAACGCCGCUACCUCUCCCUUCUAAGCAAGCAUCCGGGACCAUUUUGGGCGUCAGUAACACGUCUUUGGAAGCUCUACUUGACAUCAAGGGGCCGCAGCCAUAUAGAUCUCCCAGCUCUCCACGACAAAUACGGGCCAAUCGUGCGCAUCGCUCCAAACGAAGUUUCGCUGGCGUCUCCCGAAGCAGCACGACAACUUCUUAGUGCAGGUAAAGGCUUUCACAAGACAUCCUUUUAUUGGGUCUUCCCACCACCGUCAAAUCCGGACAUCUUUACGGAGAUACGCGAGCAUGUUCAUGCGCAGAAGAAGCGUGUUGCCAAUGUUCCAUACAGUAUGGCUGCAAUGCAGCAGCUCGCGCCCUUCAUUGAGGAUACCAUCGACAUGUUCUUUGAGAAGCUAGAUGGUUUUACUCACGCUAACGAUACCACGGUCGAUCUUGGUGCCUGGCUGCAUUAUUUUGCAUUCGAUGUGCUGGGCGAAGUAGCCUUUUCUCGCAAAUUUGGUUUCUUGGAGCAAGGCGUAGACGUAGAAAAGGCCAUCAAGACAAUCGAUGAUUCACAAUGGUACAACGGUCUCAUUGGGCAGAUUCCAGAGCUAGAUUACGUUUUUCGGAGGAAUCCGAUCUGGAGCCUUCUUCCAAACACGGGACCUGGACUGAUCACGAGAAUUGCAUUGUCAGAGAUGGACAAGAGGAAGCCUUUCGAGAACAUCGAGAAGAGUGAUCGCCAAGAUUUGUUGGCGAGUCUGAUCAAGGGUCAUCUCAAGGAUCCAAGCAAGUUCAGCACAGGCGACGUCUUUGCCGUUGCACAUGGCGCAAUCUUCGCCGGCUCCGACUCGACUGCUUCGACAAUGCAAUCUUUCUUCUAUCAUGUUCUGAAGAAUGCCCCGAUAUACGCCAAGCUUCAGUCCGAGAUUGAGACCGCCGCGCGCAGUGGGACUAUCUCCGCUAAAGUACAAUGGUCUGAAGCCCAACAGCUCCCUUACUUCCAAGCGUGUCUUAAGGAGACGUUCCGUAUGCGUCCAGCCGUAGGUCUCAACAUCACACGCGCCGUUCCCGUUGGGGGGGCGGAGAUAGACGGUGUCAAAUAUGCAGCUGGGACUGAAAUCGCUGUGAACGGAUGGGUGCUACAUCGCGACAAGACCAUAUUCGGAGACGAUGUCGAUGUCUUCAGACCUGAGCGGUGGCUAGAUGACAAAGAAAAUGCCAAGAACAUGGAGCGAUAUCUGUUUCACUUUGGCGGGGGUUCUCAUGUCUGCAUUGGACGCAACUUGGCGCUACUAGAGAUAAACAAGGUGUUACCUCACUUAUUGAGGGAGUACACGUUCAAGCUUGCGAGGCCUGACGCAGAGUUGACGGCACAUACAACAUUCUUCGUGGUGCAGGAAGGCUUGGACGUGUAUAUCACGAGAAACAAGGCCUAG